AAAAGAAGAAAAGAAGAAAAGAUGUCUGAUUAUUAUGAUGCAUCAAUCAAUUCGUAUAAUCGUGCCGGUGACGAUUCCGGUAGUUAUCAUAUGGCAGUUAGUCCAGAUUUACCCGAUGAUGGGUUAACAUUAGAUGGUAAACCACGUUUUAUUCGUUAUCAAAAACGACCACAAAAUGAAAUGAAAAAAGGUAAAAUGGAUUUGGAAAAUUUAAAAAAAGAAGUUGAAAUUGAAGAACAUCGUAUACCAUUACCAUCAUUAUGUUCACGUCUUGGUACUGAUCCAGAUUUGGGUCUUACCAAACAACAAGCAGCCGAAAUUUUAGCACGUGAUGGUCCAAAUGCAUUAACACCACCUAAACAAACACCUGAAUGGGUAAAAUUUUCAAAAAAUUUAUUCGGUGGUUUUGCAAUGCUUUUAUGGAUCGGUGCAUUAUUGUGUUUUUUAGCCUAUUCUAUUCAAGCAUCAUCAUUUGAUGAUGCUGUUGAUGAUAAUUUAUAUUUGGGUGUCGUAUUGGCCACUGUUGUAAUUGUUACGGGAAUAUUUUCCUAUUAUCAAGAAGCAAAAAGUUCACGUAUAAUGGAUUCAUUUAAAAAUAUGAUACCACAAUAUGCAACUGUUAUACGUAAUGGUGUUAAAAUGACUGUUUCGGUUGAAGAAGUUGUACUUGGUGAUUUGGUCGAAGUUAAAGGUGGUGAUCGUAUACCGGCCGAUUUACGUGUUAUAUAUGCUGCCGGUUUUAAAGUUGAUAAUUCAUCAUUAACAGGAGAAUCUGAACCACAAUCACGUUCACCCGAAUGUACAAAUGUUAACCCAUUGGAAACGAAAAAUAUUGCAUUUUUUUCAACAAAUUGUGUUGAAGGAACCGGUAAAGGUAUUGUUAUCAAUACAGGUGAUCGUACUGUUAUGGGAAGAAUUGCAAAUCUAGCUAGUGGAUUAGAAAUGGGUGAUACACCUAUUGCCAAAGAAAUUACACAUUUUAUUCAUAUUAUUACCGGUGUUGCUGUAUUUUUGGGUGUAUCAUUUUUUUUCAUUGCAUUCAUACUUGGUUAUCAUUGGUUGGAUGCUGUUAUAUUUUUAAUCGGUAUUAUUGUUGCAAAUGUACCUGAAGGUCUUUUAGCAACUGUAACCGUUUGUUUAACAUUAACAGCAAAACGUAUGGCAAAAAAAAAUUGUUUGGUUAAAAAUCUUGAAGCAGUUGAAACAUUAGGUUCAACAUCAACAAUUUGUUCAGAUAAAACUGGUACAUUAACACAAAAUCGUAUGACAGUAUCACAUUUAUGGUUUGAUAAUCAAAUAUUUGAUGCUGAUACAACUGAAGAACAAACACGUUCAUCAUUUAAUCGUUCAUCAAGAACAUUUCGGCCAUUAUCAUUAGUUGCAUCAUUAUGUUCAAGAGCUGAAUUUUUACCUGGUCAAGAUCAUAUACCUGUUAUGAAACGUGAAUGUACUGGUGAUGCAUCUGAAUCGGCCAUACUAAAAUGUAUGGAAUUAAUUGAAGGACAAGUAUUAGCAUUUCGUGAACGUAAUCCAAAAGCAUGUGAAAUACCAUUCAAUUCAACAAAUAAAUAUCAUGUUACUGUUAAUCAAAUAAUGCCAAGUAUCAAUGAUUAUGGUGAUUGUAAAUAUGUUUUAUGUAUGAAAGGUGCACCGGAACGUAUACUGGAACGAUGUUCAAACAUUAUGAUUAAUGGUGAACGUUUACCAUUGGAUGAUGAAUAUCAAAAAGCAUUCAAUAAAGCUUAUAUGGAAUUAGGUGGUCUUGGUGAACGUGUUAUUGGUUUCUGUUUUCUACCAUUACCAACAAAAGAAUUUCCAUCCGGUUUUAAUUUCAAUGGUGAAGAUAUAAAUUUUCCACUUAAAGAUCUUUGCUUUUUAGGUUUAAUAUCAAUGAUUGAUCCACCAAGAGCUGCUGUACCGGAUGCUGUUGCUAAAUGUCGUUCGGCUGGUAUUAAAGUUAUUAUGGUUACUGGUGAUCAUCCAAUUACAGCUAAAGCUAUUGCUAAAUCUGUUGGUAUUAUUUCCGAAGGAAAUGGUACACUUGAAGAUAUUGCCGAAAAACGUAAAGUACCUGUUACGGAAAUUGAUCCACGUGAAGCAAAAGCUAUUGUUGUACAUGGUUCACAAUUAAAAGAAUUUGAUCAAGAACAAUUGGAUGAUGUGCUGCAUAAUCAUACUGAAAUUGUUUUUGCACGUACUUCACCACAACAAAAACUAAUUAUUGUUGAAGGUUGUCAACGUUUAGGUGCAAUUGUUGCUGUUACCGGUGAUGGUGUUAAUGAUUCACCAGCGUUGAAAAAAGCCGAUAUCGGUAUUGCUAUGGGUAUUGCUGGUUCAGAUGUAUCGAAACAAGCAGCUGAUAUGAUUUUAUUGGAUGAUAAUUUUGCAUCAAUCGUAACCGGAGUUGAAGAAGGUCGUCUGAUUUUUGAUAAUCUUAAAAAAUCCAUCGCCUAUACAUUGACAUCAAAUAUACCGGAAAUUUCACCAUUUUUAAUGUUCAUUUUAGCAAAUAUACCAUUACCAUUAGGAACAGUAACAAUAUUAUGUAUUGAUUUAGGUACCGAUAUGGUACCUGCAAUUUCAUUAGCAUAUGAAAAAGCUGAAUCCGAUAUAAUGCGUCGAAAACCACGUGAUGCAAAAAAAGAUAAACUUGUUAAUGAACGUCUUAUAUCCAUUUCAUAUGGACAAAUUGGAAUGAUGCAAGCAAGUGCCGGUUUUUUUACCUAUUUUGUUAUUAUGGCUGAAUGUGGUUUCCUUCCAAUCGAUCUAUUCGGUAUCCGACGACAAUGGGAUUCAAAAGCAGUAAAUGAUUUAACCGAUUCAUAUGGUCAAGAAUGGACAUAUGCAGAUCGAAAAACAUUGGAAUUUACUUGUCAUACUGCAUUUUUUGUUUCGAUUGUCAUCGUACAAUGGGCUGAUUUGAUUAUCUGUAAAACACGUCGUAAUUCUUUAAUUCAUCAAGGAAUGGAUAAUCAUGCAUUGAAUUUUGGUUUAAUAUUCGAAACAUGUUUGGCUGCAGCAUUAUCAUAUGGACCUGGUAUGGAUAAAGCACUUCGAAUGUAUCCAUUAAAAUUCUCUUGGUGGUUAAUUGCUAUACCAUUUUCGAUAUUAAUCUUUAUCUAUGAUGAAGUUCGUCGUUAUAUUCUUCGUCGUAAUCCAGGUGGUUGGGUCGAAAGGGAAACAUAUUAUUAAAAUAUUGAAUUUAUCGUAAAAAACAAAAACAAACA